AUGAAGCGCGACGCGUAUGGAGACGACGGCCCUGUCCACAAGCGGCAGCGGCAGCACGAUGAUGAAGUUACUUUUCUCAUACCCAGCAAAAUGGCGGGGUCUAUUAUCGGAAAAGGUGGCUCGAAUAUUUCCAAGCUAAGGAACGAGUACAAAGCCUCUAUAACAGUCCCAGAUUGCCCCGGCCCCGAACGAGUUCUAUCGAUAUCAGCGUCAGAUAUCGAUACUAUUUUGGAAAUCGUAAAAGAUAUCCUACCAAGUUUACAAGAGGGUGGACCCAAAGGAGGCGGUAACGAGGAUCUGGACGUUCGCCUAUUGAUACACCAGAGCCGAGCGGGUUGCGUCAUCGGCAAAGCUGGAGCGAAGAUCAAGGAACUGCGCGAGAAAACUGGCGCCCGGCUGAAGAUAUUCUCGAGCACGGCUCCUCAGAGCACUGAGCGCGUGGUGCAGCUGAUGGGCAACAAGGAGUCCGUCGCGGCCGGCGUGCGGGAAGUGCUCGAGCUCAUCCGCCAGGUGCCUAUAAAAGGCGCGGUGCAGAACUACGACCCGCACAACUACGACGACUACUACGCGGACGAGUACGGCGGGUUCGGCGGGGGGCCGGGAGGCGCACGCGGGGGUGCGGGCGGCGGCGGGCGCGGCCCCCCGCGCGGCGCGCGCCCCCCGGCCGGCCGCGCGCCGCGCCCCCCGCCGCCGCGCGCCGCACCGCCCGGCCCCCGAGGUGCGUUCAACGAUUACGCCGGCCCCCCGCCGCGCGCCGGCUACGGCGGCCCCCCGCGCGCCGGUUUCGGCCCCCGCGGCAACGCCGCCUUCGACGACUCGCACGACACGAGUACGCAAGUCACCAUACCCAAAGACCUGGCCGGCGCGAUUAUCGGGAAAGCCGGAUCCCGUAUCAGAAAGAUCCGCGCGGAGAGCGGCGCCGGUAUUGAGAUCGCCGAGCCGCUGCCGGGCUCCAGCGACCGCAUCAUCACCAUCACCGGCUCCCCGCAGUGCAUACAGAUGGCGCAGUACCUACUGCAACAGAGUGUUCACGAGAGCAACCCGAAUCUCGGUCGUGGGAACUUCUGA